AAAUGAAUACAGAAACAACAAAAUCUGGAAAGGAAAUUCCAGUUGACAGAAACCAAUGGGUUGCCAGAAAACCCAAUUUUCUUUCAUUUUGUUUAUCUGGGCAUCUCUGCUAACAUCAUGCCUAUCUUUUUACGACCCCAAUCUGAGUGAGGAGGGUGAUAGCUAUUCCAUAUUGGGCACUUACGAUCAUGACCUGGAGAGCAUUAUCUCAGGGGAGAGAGUUGUUGAGUUGUUCCAGAGUUGGAAGGAGAAGCACAAGAGAGUUUACCGGCUACCGGAGGAGGCUGAGCUGAGGUUCGAAAACUUCAAGAAAAAUCUCAAGUACAUAAUGGAGAAGAGAAGGUCAGGAAAAGGUCACCGGUUGGGGUUGAACAGGUUCGCUGAUUUGAGCAAUGGAGAGUUCAGGAAGCUCUACUUGUCGAAUGUGACGAGGCCUUUGGGGAAGAGGAGGAGCACUGGUAGUGUGCAGAGAAGACUACAGUAUUGUGAUGCACCUUCGAGUUUGGAUUGGAGGAAAAAAGGUGCUGUUACUGGUGUGAAAGACCAAGGCGAUUGUGGAAGUUGUUGGGCAUUUUCUUCGACAGGAGCCAUGGAAGGAAUAAACGCCAUAGUGACAGGAGACCUCAUAAGCCUUUCGGAGCAAGAACUAGUGGACUGUGAUUCCACCAACGAUGGAUGCGAUGGAGGCUAUAUGGACUACGCUUUUGAAUGGGUUAUGAACAAUGGUGGUAUUGACACUGAAGCUAAUUAUCCUUACACUGGUCAAGAUGGUACCUGUGACACUACCAAGGAGAAAAACAAAGUUGUUUCGAUUGAUGGGUAUGAAGAUGUUGGAGAAUCAGAUAAAGAUCUUCUGUGUGCUACCGUUCACCAACCCAUCAGUGUUGGUAUGGAUGGAUCAGCAAUGGAUUUUCAACUCUACACAGGAGGAAUCUACGAUGGGGAUUGCUCGGACAACCCUAACGAUAUUGAUCAUGCGGUUUUGAUCGUUGGAUACGGCUCCGAAGGCGAUGAAGACUAUUGGAUAGUGAAGAAUUCAUGGGGGACUAGUUGGGGAAUACAAGGCUAUUUUUACAUAAGAAGGAAUACUAAUUUACCUUAUGGAGUGUGUGCAAUUAAUGCCAUGGCUUCUUACCCUACUAAAGAAUCUUCCACGCCAUCUCCUUAUCCAUCGCCGUCUGGUCCUCCACCACCGCCACCACCACCACCACCACCACCAACGCCACCGCCACCUCCACCGCCUUCUCCUUCACCGAGCCAAUGUGGAGACUUCUCCUAUUGCCCAAGUGACGAGACAUGUUGUUGCCUCUACGAGUUCUCUGAUAUUUGCCUAAUCUAUGGUUGUUGUGCGUAUGAGAAUGCGGUUUGCUGCACUGGAACUGAGUACUGCUGCCCUGGUGAUUACCCCAUUUGUGAUAUUCAAGAAGGGCUCUGUCUCAAGAAUCAAGGAGACUACUUGGGAGUAGUUGCUAAGAAGAGAAAAAUGGCCAAGCACAAGUUUCCAUGGACGAAAACAGUUGAUGAAACAGAGAAGAUUUACCAUCCUCUGCAGUGGAAGAGAAACCCCUUGGCCGCAAUGCGUUGAGGGAAUGAGAAUGAGAAUUAUAUAUUGCUUAUUGAGAAGUUUUAAGAUUUUGUGAGUUUUUUUCUUUGAUCUGCUUAAGUUUAAGAAAUUGAAACAUAAAGGAGAAAAGAAUGUGAAUGUGGUUUUGUUUUGCUCUAUAAUUGAGUGUCACAUUUGUUUCAUUGUCUUUAUAAUUUUAUAAAAUAAAUAAGCUGUAUUGUAUGUAUAAUGUAUUGUAUUAUUUUUAUAUAUAUAUAAUGUUAUUUUUUAUUA